UCCAGGAUCUGGACCUUCAGCACGGAUACGCCGCAGAGCUCGAGGGAAAGAAGAGCAAACGGGCUGCGAAGAUUCAGACUUUCGGCAGCAGCAGAAGGUGCAAUGACCGCCAGCCUGAGGAGCCCGAAUGUGAUGAAGAGGAUGAUGAAGACGCACGUGAUCCGCUCGCUCCUGCUCCUCGCGCUUCUGCAGCCCGCGCACCUCGAGGCGCGGCGGCUGCGGGGCGGACGCGCGCAGCCCCGGCGCGCGCAGCCGCUCCCGCAGCCUCGCGACGGCGCCGAGGUGACCGAGAGCUUCCCGUUGGACUUCACGGCCGUCGAGGGCAACGUGGACAGCUUCAUGGCGCAGGUGAAGAACCUCGCGCAGUCCCUGUACCCCUGCUCGGCGCAGAAGCUGGACCAGGACAUGAAGCUGCGCUUCCUCGGGAACGUGUCCGUCACGUGCAACGACGGGACCCCUGCGGGGUACUACUUGCGGGAGUCCAAAGGCAGUAAGAGAUGGCUGGUAUUUUUGGAAGGCGGAUGGUACUGCUUCAGCAAGGAGAACUGUGACAGCCGCUAUGAGACCAUGAGGAGGUUGAUGAGCUCCACAAAGUGGCCGCAGACCAAGACCGGCACAGGAAUCCUGUCCCCACAGCCAGAGGAGAAUCCCCACUGGUGGAACGCCAACAUGGUGUUCGUUCCCUACUGCUCCAGUGACGUCUGGAGUGGCGCGUCGCCAAAGACGGACCAAAGUGGCUAUGCCUUCAUGGGCUCUCUUAUCAUCCGGGAAGUGGUGAAGGAGCUUCUCGCCCAGGGCUUGGACACCGCCAAACUGCUGCUGCUGGCUGGUAGUAGCGCCGGCGGUACUGGAGUUCUGCUCAGCGUCGACCGGGUGGCAGAGCAGCUCGAGGAGCUGGGUCACACCAACGUCCAAGUGCGGGGGCUGUCGGACUCCGGCUGGUUCUUGGACAACAAGCAGUACCGCUGCACUGACUGCUCAGACACCAUCAGCUGUGCUCCCACCGAGGCUAUCCGCAGGGGCAUCAGGUACUGGAACGGAGUUGUCCCAGAGAGGUGCAGGGAGGCGCAUGAGGGAGAGGAGUGGAACUGCUUCUUUGGGUACAAACUGUACCCCACUUUGACAAGCCCUGUGUUCGUGGUGCAGUGGCUGUUCGAUGAAGCCCAGCUCACCGUGGACAACGUCCACCUCACCGGGCAGCCCAUGCAGGAAGGACAGUGGCGCUACAUCCAGAACCUGGGCAACGAGCUGCGGAGCACCCUGAAGGAUGUCCCUGCUAUGUUUGCUCCAGCUUGCUUGUCCCAUGAAGUCAUCACCAGGAGCUACUGGAUGGACAUCCAGGUGAAGGGCACAUCGCUGCCCAGGGCGCUACAGUGCUGGGACCGCAGUUUCCAUGACGACGGCAGGAGCAAGAGUCCUCCCAAGGGCUGCCCCGUGCACCUGAUGGACAGCUGCCCCUGGCCGCACUGCAACCCCACGUGUCCCACCAUUCGGGACCAGUACACGGGCCAGGAGAUGAACGUGGUGCAGUUCCUCAUGCACAUGGGCUUCGACGUGCAGAAGAUGGCGCAGCAGCAAGGCAUGGAGCCUGGGAAGCUUCUGGGCAUGCUCAGCUCUGGCAGCUAAACGGGCAGCUCGUAGCCCUGCCCACCAGAACCACACACACACACACACACACACACACACACACACACACACACACACAGAGCCUCAUCCAUCUACAGUCCAACACCACCCGCUGUUAAGCCCCUCCUCUCUGUUCACAGCCUCCUGGUGGUGUCCUAAACUGACAGAUGUGAAACGGGGAGGGAGGGGUUGCUAUGACAUUAUGGCAGCACUUAAAAAAAAAAAAAUCCUAAUUCCCUCUAUGGAUAUUAAUUUUAGUGUUUUACCUUUUUUAAAAUGCAUUUUUAUGGUUAGGUGUGAAUAAGACACAGCGCACUGAACAAUAUUUAAUAAAGAGCCUGUGUGAGAUACGUGUGUGUCAAGCGCACUUAUCUGACCAUGCUGCUGGACUGUCCCCCGUAACCCUAACCUGGCACUCUCAACCUCCAGGGGUUUAGUUUCUCAAGCCAGCGGACGUACGGACAUACCGUCCCCUCCCUUCGGCGGCUGGACUGAACGGGAGGUCAGCCAUGGGGAUGUCUCUGGUCUUCGUUCCUUCACAGUGACUUGAGGUGGACUCCACCCGAGACCCUCGCCUCCUGCCCUGGGGUGGCAUGUCAGUUGGGCAGUUUGCUUCCUAGAGUUUAUUUCAUAUACACUAGGAAGUCCUGCUCUUCAUCCUUGUGUCCUGCUCUGGCUGCUUCCCGUGUCUUCCCCCCACCCCUUCCAUCCUCUAAACUGUAACUAGGUGGGCAGGACUUUCUCCUGCCGCAGUGGGCCCUCCUACCCCUGAAGCUUCUUGGGUCCAAACUCACCAUUUGAAUGCAAUUUGAAGGAUGGAAUGUAACCCAAGUGCAAAAACCCCCUUUUCCCGGGUUGUGGCGCCCUCUGCUGGAAGGGGCGUGAAUUACAUGCUACACACACCUGACAAAUAGGCUCUUGUGUGGCUUAUGAUUUCAGAUUUCCCAGCAUCCUACGUGUAACUUAUAGGUCUCACUGAGCUCACUUCCUUCCUUCGACUGAAUGCUAACUUUGUAUGAACGCGUAACUCAAAAUUCACCCGUGUACCAUAGGACAAGGACAGCGUUGGCCUGCGAUCUAGGGAGCCCUGGUGACCGCAACCACACGAGUGAAAGCCAGUUGCCUUCCUUUGUUGCUCAACGCUCCUCUAAAAGAAUAAAAUAAGCUGCAAUGUUCCGAAACAGUUUGUGAAACGGUGCCCGCCGUUGCCUUCUUCAGUACUGGGCUUUCUGGUCCUUUCCAGCCAUGAACCAAGGAAGACCAGGUGUGGUCACCCCAUGUGACCAACCUGGAAGUUGGUACAAGGUUCACGGAGACCUCUUACUGACGGUCCUCUGGAGUACAAGAAGUGAAGACAUGCUGGAGUCAUUCAAGUAUGUUUAAUAAAUCACUUUUUAUAUAACAAGUGUUUCUUAUAUGUAAAGGUUUCUACUUCAUAGCCCAGAGGGGGAGAAAAGUUUGUUACUAAUUGUAUUUUGUUCUGUAACAUAUUUUAAUAGAAGAUGGUCAAGCUAUUUCAGCUGCUUUACAUAUUUAUUUUAUGUAAAUCAUAUUUAUAAGUGCUAUUCAGACAGAUAAGUGACUUUGUAAAUUGUAAAUAUUUUUCUGGUUGUACUGACAGCAUGUUUUUGUAACAAAUUUUAAAAAAGAAAAAUGACAAAACAAUUGUUGCUUGUCUUAUUGCUCACAUAACAUAGUCCUCUCAUAACCAAAGUUCCACAAUUACACAUCAGCUACUGUACCUAUGACAGCGGAGACCAAGAGGCUCUGCGGUUUAUUCAGAGCAAUAAGGGCAUGGAAAGGGGUGGUUGCGGGUUCAAAUCUUGUGUGAAAACCAAUCACUGCAGUGGAGACACUGCUAUUUAGUGAUGUAAACUCUUACAAUGUAGCAUAGUGUGAGGUUUAUAUACUGAUCUACUCAUUUACAGAGCAGGGUAAUUUUUUACUGUAGCAGGGUAACUACCUUGCUCAAGGGUACUACACCAGGAGGUGGGAGUUGAACCGAAAACCUUCCAACAGGGUGAGAGAACUGGAGUAGCUCUUCAUAGACUGGACACCAGCAUUAGGGCAAAUGCAUAAGGGGCAGCUGGUAGCACUGUAGUUAGUACUGCUGCCUUUAGACCCGGUGGUCACAGG